AUGCAGGCCCAGUAUUCAAAUUGCCCUCAGAACCAGCAAAUCCAAAAUCAGCAGCAGCCAAACCCACAGCAGCCCUUAGACCCAGCAGCCGUGAAACUGACCAGGGGCACUAGCUGUGUGCUGUGUCAACAACGCAAGCAGCCUCGACGUCGAAAGAAACGGCUGCAGGAGAAGGACCUGAUCGAUAGGCUCAAGAAGUAUGAGGGGAUGUUAAGUGAGCAUGGGGUGCGGUUCGAACCUAUCGGCCAAGACCUGCGUUCCGACGGACCCCAAGGUGACGACGUAGAGGAUCUGGAGAGCGAAUUUCACGCGCUUAAGGCCUCUCCACACCCAAGCUUGUCACCAUCAGCUGCGUCCACCGGAGAAAGACCAUCAAGUUCAAUCUUCGCAUUGCACAAAGAGUUCCGUGCCAGCGAGAAACUGAUACAGGAUUCGUCUGAUGAGGAAGUCCAAGGUUCAACGAUCCAUCGAGCCUUUGACAAACUCUUUAGCAACGAAGACGGGUUCCCUUUUAUUGUUGGCGGUUCUUUCAUAUCCGUCACAAAAGCUCACCCUAACCCUAUCCAAAUCUUCCAGCUGUGGCAAAUCUACAUUGAUAAUAUCAAUUCACUGCUCAAGAUAACCCAUGUACCGACAAUACAACCACAGAUACUCCAAGCGGUGUCGAAUCUCGAGACUGCUCCCAAGAACAUCGAGUCGUUGAUGUUUGGAAUCUACCUCAUGGCGAUCACUUCCAUGGAGGAGCGGGAGGCUCAGAACAUGUUCAACGAGCCAAAGCAGGACGUCCUCAAAAAGUACCUGACUACAGCACAACAAGCACUUGUAAACGCAAGCUUCAUGCGCGUCGAUGAUUUGCUCUGUUUACAGGCCUUUGUGCUCUACUUGUUCACUGUCCGCUGGUUUGUCGACCCUCGGCAAAUCUUUUGCAUGAAUGGAAUGGCUGUCCGUAUGGCACAACGCAUGGGACUUCAUCGUGACCCGGGAGGUUAUAGACUUCCGCCCUUUGAGGUUGAGCAAAGGCGACGAUUGUGGUGGACUAUCGUUGGCUACGACCGACGCAUUGGAGAGAUGACUGGCUCGACAGUGACUGCCCUGUCAAGCGGUGGUGAUUGCAAAAUGCCACUGAACGUCAAUGAUAGCGAUCUCCAUGUCGAUGGAAAAGAUAUGCCAAAUCCGCACACAGGGCCAACCGAGAUGAUCUUUGCCUUGGCUCGCAUCGAAAUGUCCAUGGCUGUGGCGAGCAACAGCAACCGCGACAGUCAGAAAAUCAACAGUCCGGAGCCCAAGGCCAGCUCGGCCAAGGGAGACUCCAAGCCAAGUGGUGGCCCAACCAUACGUCUUGCAGUUCCCGAUUCGCCAACGUACACCCUGGAUGGCUUUUGCGCACAUAUGGAGGGAACAUAUCUCUCGCAGUGCGACUCAAAGAUACCGCUUCACUUCUUCACCAUCACAAUGACACGACAAGCUCUGUGCAAGAUGCGCGUCGUCAAUUUUCUGGUGCGUAUGCAUAACGCAGAAGCUAUGCCUCUGAAGGGAGUCGAGAGGGAGGACCUCUUCCUGCAAGCUACGCAAAUGAUCGAGUAUGAUAAUGUCGUACAGUCAUCUGACAGCCUUAUUCCCUUUAAGUGGUACUCGCGACAUCACUUUCCAUUCCCUGCGUACAUGUUCCUUGUACAAGAGCUGCGCACUCGGGUCCUGGGUCCAAUGGUAGAACGAGCAUGGGAUGCCAUCACCGCCAACUACGACCUCAGGGGCCUUUUGAACAAUUUCCACAACCCCAUGCAUAUGGCAUUCAAAAACACGUUCAUUAAAGCGUGGGAUGCCCAUGCCGCAGCACUCAGCUCGCAAGGGAAGCACGCGCCUGUUCCUCGCUUCAUUGUCGUCCUGCAAGAGCGCGCCGAGCAACGUCGUCGGGAGCGGGCUGACAAGCAGUCUCCCUUGGACCAGUCCCCUGGGAAUAGUCUGGCCGGGAUCGGACCAGUGUCGAAUGCCGGCUCUGAGAAGAUGACCAUGACACCUCCAGGCAUGCCCGGAGUUGGAGUACCUAUGCCUCCUCUGGGCAGGCCCGGCCCUCCCGACGACGACCGUGACAUGGAUUGGUCACACAUGGUGCAAGGCUUCCAAGAUCCUCAGCCAUCACAGUUCAACCAAUUUGGUGGGUUUGGCGGUUUUGGUCCACCCCUAGGUGGUGGAGGCGGCCCCAUGCCUAGCAUGGGACCACCACACAUGGGCGCAUCCCAGGGUCCAGGUGGUCCUCGCAUGUAUUGA